AUGCAACCAGAAUUUGUACAUAUUGAUCUAACCGAUGCGAAACUUAAAUGGCUUCCUCCGUGCAAGCGAAUAUAUGGUCCUAAAGAGGUGGAACUAUUUAAAAAAUCGAUUGCGAUUGAUCGCAUAAGUGGUGCGCUUUCAUUAAUUUGCGAGAAAAUCAGCCUUACAGAUGUUCCACCCGGUGUUUUAGAUGAUAGGCAGGUAGAAUUUGAGAAUGCUUAUCAUCCUGGAGUUGCAUUAUCGAAUCAUAAAAAGACUCCCAGAACCCAUCCAAACUCUGCAGUGCUACCGAAUAAGGAAGCUCAAGAAUUUGAUUUUAAUAAGCUGUCUGAGCCUGUGAAAGUUGUAUUACGAUUAUUGAAGAGACUGGAUGCAUUGAUAGCGGAAACGCCUCCGUUUAAAGGACCACGGAGGUAUGGAAAUAUGGCCUGCAGAGAUCUACAUGAUAAGCUGAAUUCAAGGAUAGAUAACUGGAUUCGUAAGGAAUUAGGAAAAUGGUACUUGAAGGAUGACUAUGCUUCCAAUAAUGAUGGAGAUACAUCGUAUAACUUUGAAACCGAGCUUAAAUAUUACUUUCUCGGUUCAUUUGGAUCUCGAGAACGUUUAGAUUUUGGAACUGGACACGAAUUGUCGUUUCUCGCAUUUAUCGCAUCUCUUUUAAUGUGUGAUAUCCUUCCGCGAAAUGAAACAACAGGGGUGGAAUACCUUGUCAUGUUUUCAAAAUAUUAUGAUUUGGUUCGGAAACUGAUACAAACAUAUACAUUAGAGCCUGCUGGGUCUCACGGCGUCUGGGGUUUGGAUGACCAUUUUCAUCUUAUCUACAUUUUAGGGGCUUUCCAGAUGGUUGACUUUCUUAGUUUGGAGAAAGGAGAAAAAAGCAUGAAGGCUCUAAAUUAUCGUAUGGGACUCACGCCGGCAUCAGUACUAAAUACACGUAUCUUGAAACAGAACAGAACUCGAAACCUUUAUUACAACGCUAUAGCAUUUAUAAAGCGGGUCAAAUUUGGACCGUUUAAUGAACAUUCACCCUUGUUAUUUGAUGUUUGUACAUCAAAAACCUGGGAGAAGAUUGCAAAAGGAAUGCUUAAAAUGUAUUAUGGUGAAGUUCUUUCCAAAUUCCCAGUUGUUCAGCAUUUUUACUUUGGACAUGUUCUCUUUCCUUGGGUUGAUCGAAAAACUGGACAGCCUUUACCGGAAACAUCUCCGGAGGAUGAGGAACCAACUGAUGCGGAUAUGCAAAGCAAUAAAUACGAUAUUAGCUCAAAUGAUAUUUCGGGACCUUUUGAUAAAGCAGGUUCGGCAACAAAUUAUAGAAGUGGGCCAGAAGUUGCCAUGGACUCACUCUACGGAAAAAGAGAGAAAGAAUUAGAGAAACUGCACACUGAAAGGGAAAUAACAAGUUUUACUGGAAAACGUGACGGUGGAGAACUACCUACAAGUUUGUCCAUGUGGCCUACAAACACGCCUAAAAAUAGAAAUGAUCUGAACAGUAACGUAUGA